GAGAUGGAGAGAGGAGGAACCAAUUGUAAUAAUAAUAGUGGUGUUACUUAUAGUGGUCUGAUGAUGGGGUUUGGGAACAACACUAGUAGAACUGGGAGUAGUAAGGCACAGUUUCUUUCUCUACCUUUGAUGGUGGGUUGCAGCCAUCCAAACUUGCAAAGUGAUCAUCAGACGACUGAUCAGGAGAUGAUGGUUAGUUGCAGCGAUAGAAUGAAAGCCAAGAUUAUGGCUCAUCCUCUCUUCCCUCGUCUCUUGGCCUCCUAUGUCAGUUGCCAAAAGGUUGGGGCACCUCCUGAAGUGGUGGCUAGGUUAGAGCAGGCCUGCAGUGCUGCUGUUCACAAUUCUGAGGCAGCAUGUUUAGGAGGAGGGGAUCCAGACCCAGCGCUGGACCAGUUCAUGGAGGCCUACUGCGAGAUGCUGACUAAGUACGAGGAAGAGCUCACAAAACCCUUCAAAGAAGCCAUGCUUUUCCUCUCCAAAAUCGACUCCCAGCUCCAAGCUCUCACAGUUCAUUCUUCCUCAGAUUCUGCUAGUAGUGAUGAUAAUAUUGCUGGGAGAAGUGGGUCUCCAGAAGAGGUUGAUGCCACCAAGAAUGAGAGUUGCAUAGACCCUCGAGCUGAAGAUAGGGAAAUCAAAGCUAAGCUUUUGCACAAAUACACUGGAUAUCUGGGCAGCCUCAAGCAGGAGUUUAUGAAGAAGAAAAAGAAUGGAAAGUUGCCGAAGGAAGCCCGGCAUCAGUUGCUUGACUGGUGGAGCAGACACUACAAGUGGCCCUAUCCAUCGGAAGCUCAGAAGCUAGCACUGGCAGAGUCUACUGGUCUGGAUCUGAAGCAGAUAAAUAACUGGUUCAUCAAUCAGAGGAAACGCCAUUGGAAGCCUUCAGAGGAUAUUCAAUUUGCUGUGAUGGAUCCAACUCAUCCUCAUCAUCAUCCCCACUUCUACAUGGACAACAAUCUCACCUUCCCCAUGAACAGCACAUCUACUCUCCUUUGAUAUUAUCACUUGGCUUAAGUGCAUGUAUAUAUAUGUUAAGAAUUUGGUGUACCCAAAUUAAUUUACGUCUCUAACUUCUUGACAUUUUGAGACCACUCUUAAUUUGAUUAGGCGGGCAGAGACUUCUAAUUUGGUCCUACCCCUAGCUUCUCCAAAGUGCUUUUAGCAGAAGCAUGUGGUUUUGGUAUAUUUUCAGCACCUUGAUUUCUUUA